AGCCUCUUUAAAAGAAUAGUACGCAGACAGCUGCCAGUGCAUGUCAGGCACAGCAAAGGAGCUGGGAUCCCCCAGCCUCUUGACUUCAAGCUUAGAGAAUCUUCAGCCAGUCAGCUACGGUCAGACUACAAGAGGCUGAGUGCCAGGACCCACCUGAGGUCUGCCUACCCUGUUUAAAGGGUCUUCCCUCAGACAAGGAUCCCUCCUGGGUGCUCAGCAUCAGCAGAGAGAGGCUAUUCUCCCAGGAAGCAGAAAUGGGUGACUGGAGUUUCCUGGGAGAGUUCCUUGAGGAGGUCCACAAACACUCCACAGUGGUGGGGAAAGUCUGGCUGACAGUGCUCUUCAUCUUCCGGAUGCUGGUGCUUGGCACAGCAGCAGAGUCCUCCUGGGGAGACGAGCAGUCCGACUUCAUGUGUGACACCCAGCAGCCCGGUUGUGAGAAUGUCUGCUACGACAAGGCUUUUCCCAUCUCCCAUGUCAGGUACUGGGUUCUUCAGAUCAUCUUUGUCUCUACCCCAUCACUGCUGUACAUGGGACAUGCAAUGCACAAGGUGCGCAUGGAAGAGAAAAGAAAAAUGAAGGAGGCAGAACUGAGUAGGAAGGAGAUGAAAAGUGGUGGUGACUCAUAUCACCAAAAGGAAUAUCCUGUAGCAGAGAAAGUUGAGUUUGUCUAUCAAGAGGAAUCAAGUGGAAGAAUAUUACUCAGAGGCAACCUGCUGAACACCUACGUCUACAGCAUUUUGAUCCGCACCGCUAUGGAAGUGGCCUUCAUUGUCGGACAAUACAUCCUGUAUGGGAUCUUCCUGGAGACCCUGUACAUCUGUCAACGGGCGCCAUGCCCCCACCCUGUGAACUGCUAUGUCUCUCGGCCCACAGAGAAGAAUGUCUUCAUCGUCUUUAUGCUUGCUGUAGCAGUGCUGUCACUGUUAUUGAGUGUAGCUGAGCUCUACCACCUGGGUUGGAAAAAAGCAAAGGAGAAAUGUGUUAGAUCAUACAAACCCAGUCCCAGUAUGGUCAGCAUCAAGCCAGAGACUGCACCACCAGUGGAGAUGGCCCAAACCUGCACUCCUCCUCCAGAUUUCAAUCAGUGCUUGGCAAACCCCAACGGGAAAUUCAUCAGCCCUUUCAGCAACAAAAUGGCCUCUCAGCAGAAUACAGCCAACUUUGCCACUGAAAGGGUCCAUAACCAAGAUGAUGCAGUCAGGGAAGAGCAAUUUAUUCAGAUCAACUAUGCACAGAGUCCUGAAGUAGCCAACGAAUCUUCUCCUCACCUGCCUGCCAAUGGCUACUUCAAUGAGAAACGCCGGCUCAGCAAGACCAGCCGCACCAGCAGCAAGGCUAGGUCAGACGACCUGUCAGUGUGACUGAUCUCCAAGUGGGGCAAGAAAGGAGGGGACGUCUCAGUGCUAAGCCAAACCUCUGCAGUGGGGCUUCGAAACGCUUGCCACUCUUCUCUCUUUUUUAUUGCUCUCUGCCAUUUUUGUGAAUGGCUUUGCCAUACUCCAAACAGCACCUCUUGUGCCUUACAGCUCAGGUGACUGUGCUUUACACAGCAGGGAGUAUGCUGGCAACUUGCCACAAUCCUCCAGACCACACCUAAUUUGCAACCGAAAAAAGCAGCAGGUCAUAGCUACCCACAGGGAUUACAGGACCUGCCCUUAGCCCUUCAGAGCAUUUCCUGCCAGGGCCUGUCUGUUUCUGAGGUUGUCCCUCUGCCUUAAAUAUGAGACUGGCCACAGGCUGUAAUACUGAACACAAGCGCCAUACAUUGUCCGGAUAAUCCCAUUUUGGGGGCUACAUCAGGUUUGCAAGCACAAUGAGCUGUAGCUUCUCUCCCCUGAGGAGAAACCAGAAAGAAUACACUAGAAAAAAUUCUUUAUAUUUAACUUCUUUCCCUUUCCCUUUCCCUCCUCUGCCUGGACUGAGAUGCAUUAUACCAACUUGCCUUACUUAUACUAUGAAUUUUACUUGAAUUUUUGAAACUAUGUAUAUACGCCUUCUUGUAGAAUUGUCUGUUUUCUCCACAAAAUCGAAGUGCCUCAGUGUCCAACAAUGGAAAUAUCCUCAUGAUCCCAGGGUCAGACCAGUGGAUGGACCCUAAUAUCCCUAGAUACAACCCAGACGACCAUUAAAGUGGGCUGAAGGAACUUUCCUGAGACACUCUGUUAGAUCAGUUUCAAAAGAAAGGUCCCCCUAACAAACACAAAUGGAUUUUCCAUGGAAGCACAUGUCACUGCUAAAAAAAAAAGAGUAAAGAAUAGCAUGUGGGAGGAGAGCUGUGAUUUUUUUUUCCUCUUUAACAAGACUUCUAAGCCAGCCGCACACUGCUGUGAUGCCUUCCUGGAGAAUGACAUCCUCUAUUUAUCUGCAGAAGGGCUGCAACCUGGACAGCGAUUGUACCAGCCUUGUCAUUGCACUUCAACCUUACUGUGAAGGGACUUUGAUUACGAGAAUAUUGUCUAGUCUCCAUGACUUGUCCAGGUCUUGGCUGUUCUGCUGGGCCUGCCCAUCAGGGCUCUUAAAAUACAGAGUCUUCUGUCAGGCACUAGUUCAUUAAGAAAUAGACAAGCACCUCGCUGCUUUUCACUCUGCGAGUGAUCUUGAGCGGUCAUCAGCUCAAAAUGCUGGGGACCCCAAAGUGGAACUGUUUGAGAAGACCCUUGGGUUGUUCCUUUUCCACGACCCCCACCUCACCAUACUUGAUUCUAUUACUCACCACAUAACUGAAACAAGGGGGUUAAGUUUACAUUUAAGGUUCAACCUGCUCCCUCUCUUUUACCCUGCUUCGCCCUUUCAGAGAUGGGCAGCUGCUUCUGAAUGAGUGGGCUGGGUGUAUAUGAGCUGAGAAUGGUUUCACUGGGGAUUCUGCUUGUUGCUCCAACAUUUGCUGUUGAGAGCAUGGUGAUUCCUUGCUUGUAAUGAGGGGUUUUGAUUUGGUACAAUUUCCUGCACACACACACAAACACACACACACACGUGCGUGCACGGGGAAAACAAUUUAACUUGCUUUUUGUCUGUCUACGGUGCUUUAUGUGCAUGGAUUGUUGAGCCCAAAGCUGUGCGUCCUCCUUAACAAGUGAUUCUGAACUGUGCCUGUUUUGUCCUAAUAAAGUUCUAACUC